AUGGCUGUGGGUGGCGUUUCCCAUCCCAGCUUAAGUACCAAUGCCAGCGAGAGGCACAGAUCAGCUGCAGGAGUGACAGUGACAGCAAUCAUGCAACCGAUAAGCCUGGAAGCUGCUGUCAUACUUGGGAUUGUGAUCCAUCAGAUAUCGAGCAUCAGCAUUUCAUCUCCACCUGCCGACUGUUUUGCUGCUGUGGAGACCUGCAUGUCAAAUCUAUGCAAGUGGAGUGAAGAAGCAUUUUACGGCAGCAUCUGUGAGGAUGACGGGUGCCAAAUAAAAGGCUCAGAGGUCUGUAACCUGACCAUCCAGACUGUACUGGACCAAUUUCCCUCUCUGCACGGGUGUGUGUGUGCCCGGGAGGAGGAGCUUUGUGGCUCUAUACAAGCGCUGGCCACACAAUGCCACCAAAAGACAGUACAGGAUGGUGCUGCAUCCUGCUUGGACCAAAUGGGAGUUUGUGUCAGUGAUGCAGUUUGCAACAGGUACUUAGCACCUGUUAUUCAGGCAUGCAUGGCACAACAGUGCGACCGUGACCGCUGUCAGAAAGUGUCUCAGCAGUUCUAUGGCAGCAUGCCGCACAAUGUUGCAGAGAUACUCGUCAUGUGCGAGUGCGAGGCUUCAGAUCAGAGCUGUCUGGAUAUGAAAACUGUUCUGCACAGCGGCACAUGUGGAGACCACACGUGGAUCUGCCAGGAUACAGUUAACCAGUGUGUUGAGGACAGUAACUGCAGAUACCUGUUAAAAACUUUCCGAGCCAAGUGCUGGAGCCCUGAAGAAGCACAAUGCAGCGACAUCGACCUACAAAAGGAUGAAUGUAUCAGCCAGAUGAACCAAGCUCUCAUCCUUGGUGCAGAUUCUGAAUGUAAAAUUGCCUUUUUGGCCACUUUGGGCACAGCACUUCACUAUCCGUGUGCAUGCAACGGAAUGCGCAAUGAUGAUCUACUGACGUGCAACAUGAUUUAUGAUGUGCUUCAUAAUAGAUCGCAUUUCAUGACAUCUUGGAAAAGCAACAGUGGUCCUACUAAAUCUCCUGAAAUCGAUGAACCUGAGCAAGGUCACACAUGGUCACACGGUUUUGGCAUGCCACCAGCGCCACUCCCAGCCUGUAGCCUAUUUGCCCCUCGCUCAGGGCCUGAAAACCUCCUCCGCCUCCAAGCGGUCCAUAGCUUCUUUGCUAUCAGUGUAAGCACCAACACUCCCGCUCUAAGGUCCCAGUCCUGGCAGCACAGCUAA